UCCAUAGUGUGUGUGUGUGGGAGGGGGGGCGACGCGCCGACCUGUGCACCGGAAGUUCAGCAGGAGACGAAUCAGCGAAGAAGAAGUGGUGCUAACUAACUGUUAGCUGUUUUGAUGAUGGCGGACCUGAACCGGCAGCUGCAGGAGUAUCUUACCCAGUCCAAGGCUUCCCAGUCCGGCUCCAGCACCGCGGUGGACCUGGGCGACUCGGAGCCGGUACCGGGGAGCUGGUUUGGUCGGUGGUCCAGUCCGUGGACCGGCAGUUCGUCCAGCCAGAGCUCCGGCGGAAACAGCGGCUUCUCCUGGCCGUGGUCGGCCGAGCCGGACCCCUGCCUGCCGGGCAUGAGCCGGCGGCAGCGGCUGGUGGCCUUCGGUGUCUGCGUGUCGUUCUCCGCGCUGUGCUUCGGCCUGUCGGCGCUCUACGCCCCGCUGCUGCUGCUCUACGCCCGCAAGUUCGCACUGCUCUGGUCGCUCGGCUCGCUGUUCGCCAUCGCGGCGGCGGCGGUGCUGCGGGGCCCCAGCAGGCUAGCCGCCGGCCUGCCCACCUCCCCCGGAGCCGCCGUGUACCUGUGCGCCCUCGGAGGGACCCUGUACGCGGCGCUGAGACUGCACAGUACCGCGCUGACGGCGCUGGGCGCCGCCCUGCAGGUCGCAGUCAUCGCCGGCUGCCUGGUGUCGCUGCUGCCGGGAGGGAGCGCCGGGAUCCGCUUCAUGGGCGGGAUGGCGGCGUCCGCCAUCAAGAGGACAGUCACCGGGAAAACCAUGCCGAUCUGACCGGGAUUGAGAGCUGGAGACCGGGCAGGUCUCACUGCCAAACCAGGGGCCGGAGACCCGGCAGGAAGCAGCUGGACUGUCAGGAACAUGAUUAUUGAUUAUUGGCUGCUACAGACCAUUGAUCAGACAGGAUGCUGGUGGGAACAUUAACUCUUUGGUUGAGGACCAAAUAAGGUGUGAAACUCUGAUGCCAGGUGAUGUGUUCAGGUGUGAUCUGGGAGUUUAACAGUAAUUAAAACCUGUUCAACACUG